GCAAAAAAAAGGAAAAACAGGAGAAAAAGGGAACCAGCCCGAGUAGUGAGAAGGAGCCUCCACAUAGUUGUAAGAAUCCCUUCCCUUUUAUCCGCCUCUCCUCUCUGCUCCCCAGACGUUAGCGAGAGAUGGCUUCAGAACAUGACAGGGCGGUCCUCCAGGCUAUCUUCCACCCGGGCAGCCCGCUCGGAGACACCGGCCCGGCUCUGAACUCCGAGGAGGAACUAACAGACGACGACCGGGGCUUUGACGCGACGCGGCUCACUGAGGUGAAGGCGCUAGAGGCGCAGGGAGUCAAGUCGGCCGAGGAGGGGGACCUGCAGGCCGCUCUUCAUCACUUCAGCGGGGCCAUCCUCAUCCUCCCGGAGCGACCCUCUGCCUACAACAACCGAGCCCAGGCCCUGCGUCUCCAGGGCGACACAGCAGGUGCGUUGGCGGACCUGGACCGCGCCAUCUCCCUGAGCGGAGGCGUGGGACGCACGGCGUGCCAGGCACUCGUUCAGCGGGGACUGCUGCUCAGAUUAGCGCAGCGCGACGAGGACGCCAGGGGAGAUUUUGAGAAGGCGGCCGCUCUCGGCAGCGAGUUCGCCAGACAGCAAGCCGUGGCGCUCAAUCCGUACGCCGCCCUUUGCAACCGCAUGCUAACAGAGGUGAUCAACAAGCUCCGCCACCCAGAAGUGUCCCAGACAUAAUUUGUUUUCCUUAAUGUGAUGUGAAUGAAAGUGUAAACGGUUGCGGCUGGUUACUUCAACGUUAUUUUACCUGAUGCCUGAAUACGUUAACAAUGGGCCAAAGAUCAAAUUGAGAUAAUAAGCAAACGUUACGUCUGUGAAUGUUUACGUUGCAGCGUGGCACUCUGUCUCGCUUUGUUUCAUUAAAAACCUGAUUGUCUUUUCACUAAUUCUUUAUUUGCGUGUGGCUAUAGUUGUUUUUUUUUCAAUACUAGAAUUUAUUUUAAUUAUGGUAAAUUAGGAGAGAUAAAAAAUUCCUGUCGCGAAUUAUUUUAUUAAUUAAUAUUAUUAAAUGUUACCUGAUGGCUUCCCGUAGUGCAUCUGUCAAUCAUGAGAUGCUAUGGAUAUUUAAUGAUGCAUAGCAAUCUUUAGCUCUAAUGUUUAAAAGUGACAUGCAGCCUGUCAACACAAAUGUUGUGAGUGAGUUCUAUUAAAAAUAACAAAUCACGAGCCUUCGUUUUAAGUUGAACACACUAAAAA